CGGAUACUAACUCCCAUAGGAUUCUAAUCUCAGCCGUUAAAUCUCAUUCAAAAGUCGCUAUAAAACGAAAAAGAACCCACCUUAACAUUUCUAGGGUUUUCAUUAUCUUAUCAUCACACAGCAUAUUUGCAGCGCCACUAUUGUUUCCUCUUGAGUUUUAUUACCGAGUUUGAGGUGUAAUUAUGUCUCAUCGCAAGUUUGAGCAUCCCAGACAUGGCUCCUUGGGAUUUCUCCCAAGAAAGAGAGCCUCGCGCCAAAGAGGAAAAGUGAAGGCAUUUCCCAAAGAUGAUCCAAAAAAACCAUGCAGAUUGACUGCUUUUUUGGGUUACAAAGCAGGGAUGACCCACAUUGUCAGAGAUGUUGAAAAGCCAGGCUCAAAGCUACAUAAGAAGGAAACAUGUGAAGCUGUUACGAUCAUAGAAACACCACCCAUGGUGGUUGUUGGUGUUGUGGGUUAUGUAAAAACACCUCGUGGUCUCCGUUCACUGAACACUGUAUGGGCCCAACAUUUGAGUGAGGAUGUUAAGAGGAGAUUUUACAAGAACUGGUGCAAGUCCAAGAAGAAGGCAUUCACUAAGUACUCGAAGAAGUUUGAAUCUGAGGAAGGGAAGAAAGAUACUCAAGUUCAAUUGGAGAAGAUGAAGAAGUAUUGCACUGUCAUUCGUGUCUUGGCACACACUCAGAUUAGAAAGAUGAAAGGACUGAAGCAGAAAAAGGCUCAUUUAAUGGAGAUUCAGGUGAAUGGUGGUGAUGUUGCUCAGAAGGUUGACUUUGCAUACAGCUUCUUUGAGAAGCAAGUUCCUAUUGAUGCUGUUUUCCAAAAGGAUGAGAUGAUCGACAUAAUUGGGGUGACCAAGGGAAAGGGUUAUGAAGGUGUUGUUACUCGUUGGGGUGUCACCCGACUCCCUCGCAAGACCCACCGUGGUCUUAGGAAAGUGGCUUGUAUUGGUGCGUGGCAUCCAGCUAGGGUUUCAUUUACUGUUGCUAGGGCUGGGCAGAAUGGUUACCAUCACCGCACAGAGAUGAAUAAGAAAAUCUAUAAGCUUGGGAAGGCUGGCCAUGAGUCUCAUUCGGCAAUUACUGAAUAUGACAGGACUGAGAAGGACAUCACUCCUAUAGGUGGAUUCCCCCACUAUGGCAUAGUGAAGGAAGAUUUUUUGAUGAUUAAGGGAUGCUGUGUGGGCCCAAAGAAGCGUGUUGUAACCCUGAGACAGUCCUUGUUGAAUCAAACUUCACGGGUCGCUAUGGAGGAGAUUAAGAUCAAAUUUAUUGAUACAUCCUCGAAGUUUGGCCAUGGUAGAUUCCAGACAGCACAGGAGAAGGCCAAAUUCUAUGGACGCCUGAAGGCUUGAUUUUACAAGAGAGAUUCUAUAUUUCUUCUUAGUUCAUUCUGCUGUUGGUUCAGUGACUACAGUUUUGCUGGUUCUGUUGUUAUUCACUAAAACCUGUUUUUGAGAUUUUAUAAUCAAAUUGGUGUGAAUUUGCAAUAUAUUUGCGGCAGAAUCAUGUGUAUGAGCCUAUUGUCUGCUUAAUGCAAAUUAUGAUUGGACAGUUUUGUUAAA